AUGGCAGCGCUUUACACAGGUGCACCCCCGCAAGGUGGCCCAGGCUAUUCGUUCAAGCAGACCCCCACAACCGUACCAUCAGGCGAGAGGCAACAUGGCUUCUACCCCUACACCGACAACGGCGGCUCCACAUUAGGUAUUGCGGGCCAGGACUUUGCCAUCCUCGCCGGCGACACACGCUCCACUUCGGGCUACAACAUCAACACGCGGUACGCACCGAAGCUCUUCAAGAUCGGUGGUGAGGGGUCAGACAACAAGGAUGCCAGGAUAGUAUUGUCGGUGGUGGGCUUCGCAGCCGACGGCGAUGCGCUCAAGGAGCGGCUCGACACCAUUGUCAAGAUGUACAAGUACCAGCACGGAAAGCCCAUGUCUGUGUCGGCAUGCGCACAACGUCUCAGCCACAUUCUCUACAACAAGCGAUUCUUCCCCUAUUACGUGCACGCCAUCCUGGCUGGCCUGGACGAGGAAGGCAAGGGCGCGUUGUACUCGUACGACCCGGUUGGCAGCUACGAGAGGGAGCAGUGCAGAGCGGCUGGUGCGGCUUCGUCACUCAUCAUGCCUUUCCUCGAUAACCAGGUCAACUUCAAGAACAUGUACGAGCCUGGCAGCGGAGUCGGACACGAGCUAAAGGCAAAGCAAGCGGAGCCGCUACCCCAGGACCACGUCGAGGACCUGGUACGAGACGCCUUCACGAGCGCAGUUGAGAGGCACAUCGAGGUCGGUGAUGGUCUACAAAUGAUGACCAUUACGAGCGAGGGCAUCAGAGAGAGCUACACACCACUCAAGAGGGAUUAA